AUGAUUCGCAGCGACUCUAAAGAAUCACCUCUACAUCCAAGAUAUGCUAAUUUAACACAAGCAGAAAGGUUUCGAGGACGCGCGGAACAAUCCAAAGCUCGAGUACGUCACUUUGGAUCAGCAAGAGCUGCUGCUUAUAAUCAAACCAGCUCCAUGAAUCCCAAUGUUGUACCUGUAAAAUACGUGGAGGACCGCGACUUUUACAUUGGUGAGGUAGGAAUAGGUACUUUCAACGAUGAACGACAACCUUUUCAGAAUUUCUAUUUAAUGAUCGACACCGGUAGUGAUCUUAUAUGGACUCAAUGUCGCGGUGGCGGUAAUUAUUUCUAUCAAGAUACGCCAUUUUAUGAUCAGACAGGUUCGACUACAUACAAGCGCAUCCCUUGUGAAGAUCUUCCUAAUCAGUGUAACGGAAGACGUUGCAUAAACGGGUUUUGCACGUACAAAGAAGAAUACGGGUCUGGACAACUAACAUAUGGUCAUCUUGCUUAUGAAACAUUCACUACGGGAUCAACUCGCGGUCAGGAAUACAGUGAUCGUUUUGUUAAUAUAAUCAUGGGUUGCGGUCUUAGUCAAAGGCAUUUCGGACCAGCAUUUGGUGUUCCUGAGACUCGUGAUGAUGAUCAUGCGUGGAAUGGGCCGAUACCUGCACCUGGAACUGCUCCAAUAGCAGGAUUUCUCGGUUUGGGACAAGGAGCCUCGGAAUUUUCUUUGGUACUUCAGUUAGAUGAUCAUACGGAUAAACAAUUUGAAUAUUGUUUGGCGUCAUACGAUCUUGAAGGUGCUGAUGUUUCACCCACAUAUUUAAGAUUUGGUUCCGACGUAAAAAUUUUUGAACGACCUGCUGCUGAAAUACUUAAGACUCCAAUUAUCCAAGACCAAAACUUCGGGACGCCUUACCACUUGAGUCUAUUGGAUAUUAGUGUAAACAACAAAAGCGUAGGGUUUCAAAAAAGCGACUUCGAGAUAAGGGGGGCUGGAAUUGGUGGUACUAUCAUAGAUUCAGGGACUCCACUUACCACUAUGAUCGGGCGUCAUUACGAAAGAGUUGAGCAAGCGUUGAUAGAAUAUUUUGAACAAUUUGGUAUUCGUGAUGUUAAUAAACCUAAUCCUGGUUUCGAUAUUUGUUUCCGUAUACCAAACAAUUUCAAUGACUUUCCAACGAUGACAUUCCAUUUUGAGGACGCGGAUUUUGUUAUUAAAAAUAUGUCUGGUCUUUUUGUCUUAUUCGGAGAUAAGAAGCUAUGUUUAGGUAUCGUUAGCUCGCCUGACGACCCGGAAGUUGGUUCUAUGUUUGAUGUUAUUUUAGGAGCUAUGCAACAAUCAAAUAAAAGGAUUUUGUACGAUGUAGGUGUCAAGGAACUCGCAUUUGCUGAAGAGGAAUGCAAUUUAGGUUCAUGA